AUGGAGCUGCCAUUUCAACAGGAUGGAGGCAACUUGGAUCCCAAUGACAUCCCGGCAGUCGUGGAGAUCUAUUCCAAAGCUGCGGGCAAGUGGUUCGUAGGCUUGGUGGUGAAGCAGGACGAACUGCAACGCCUUCUGACCAUCCGUUUUUUGGACGACCAGAACGAACGAAAAGAGAAGGUGUUGAGUUACGAUGCACCCGAGGUGGAUUAUUUCGGUGCUCACUUGGGUUGGCCCACGCCUUCGGGCGUGAUCUCCGUCCCCUCCACGACGCGGAAGGGACAGGUCUCGUACCUGGAUCCGGAGCUGAAGCAGAAGUUUGCCACUCCUGAAUUGGCAUGGCAGGCCUAUUUGGAACACCACCUGAGAGGCUUCACAGCUCGGGACACACCAUGGGUGGAGAGUCCAAGCAAAAAGUUCGCUGCAGCGGCUCCAGCUCCUGCGUCUUGGAGCGGUUUGGAGCGAAAGAUCUCGGCGAAUUGCGCGAAAUCCCUGGACCGCUCUGACCUCCCCAAGAAUCUCUUCGCGGCAGCGUCCCACGAGGACCGCGUCCGCGUCCCACGGUCCCUGGAGGAGGAGUUGGCGGCGGCACGCUUCGAGGCGAUGCAAGCGGUGCGGGCGCGGCACAAAACCGCCGCGUCCCAGGGCGCGUCCCAGGGCGUGUUCCGCGCCGUUGGAGUGAGCACGCGCAGCGCCCCACGGGUUCCCAUGUCGCCCCUGGUGGCGCGAAUGCAGGCUGCGCAGCAGCACACAGACAGCGAGCUGCCAAGCCCAAAAGAGGCUCCACCCGAGAGCGACAGCGAAGUCCCGGAGAUGGUCCAAAUGGACAAGGAAGACUGGAAGGAAGUUCUGGUGUCCUUAGACAGUGAGGUGAAGGUGCUUGAAGAAGAGUUGAUGCAGAUGCCCACCAGGUCCUGGUCAUCAACAUGGCUCCAGGACUCUAAGGACUUGUCGAGGUGGAGUGAAAAGCUCUGGACAGAUCUUGGUGACCUGCGCUACCAGGUGAAAAUGCUUCAAAGAUCAAAGCAUUACGACUCUGAAGUAAAGCAGGACGAGAACAAUCCCCCCUUCCUUCGCCGGAAGGCCGUGGGCUUGCACAUCUCUACCUACAGGGCACGGCAAGGACAAGAAUUCGAGAGCCUGCUGGAGGAGCAAGAUGCCUUGGAGGCGUCGCUGCGGAAACUGCAGCGCUGCUUCAAGGGCUGGGAGGAACGGCCCUGCGAAGGCUUGCCCAGCAUCAGCAGUUCAAGUCCAAAGAGGCCCGACACUGCUGGAACUGUUUCGGCUCCAGACAUGGUGAGUCAACCACCCAGCAAGGAUUUGGAGCUGCAGAGCUUGGAGGAAGAAUUGAAAGCGCUGGAUGCUGAGGAUCCGAUUUUCGCUCCGAACGUUGGAUCUUUGACAGGAACUUGCCCCUUGGAUUUCCAGGGCAGCUUGGACCUCAUCCAUGAGAAUUCUGAGAGGCUUGCAGCGAAUCCGGACCGAAUCCGGCCCCGACAAGCAGAAUCCAUUGAUUUGUUUCUAGCCGGUGAACACCUCUAA